GUUACAGCCAGGCAGUUACACGUUUCCCCCCAAGAGCCUCGGACGUAGUCACGGGGCCGGGGUCGGGAUAGAGCAGUGACCAUGGCUGGGCUGGUGCUGCCCCCCGUGCCCAGCAACUGGCUGGUGCUGCUGCUGCUGCUGCUUUCAGGUGAAAUGGUGCCCACAGCCAAAACAGAGGAUGUGUACCCGGAUUCCUCAGGAAGGGCUUGCUCCAAAGUCUGGCAGAACCCACGUUUUGUGGCCCGGAAACGGGGCUCCCUGGUGGAGGUGAAAUGCUACACAGAUGGCAAAGGCACUGUGAGAUGGUUCCGGAAACGAGAGAAGGACCAGGAGCUCCAGGAGCUGCACCAGGGUCAGAACCACAUUCUGCAGAAGAACAGCUCCGUCUUCACCCUCACCAUCCGAGACAUCCAGUUUGAGGACAACGGCAUCUACUACUGCCAUUGGGAAUGCCCCAACGAGCCCGCAGUUAGGGGCUGCGGCACCGAGCUUCGGGUCAUGGGGUUCAGCUCCUUGGCCCAGUUAAAGAGACGGAACACCCUGAAAGACGGUAUCAUCAUGAUCCAGACCCUGCUCAUCAUCCUCUUCAUCAUCGUGCCCAUCUUCCUGCUGCUGGACAAGGAUGACAGUAAGGCUGGAAUGGAAGAAGAUCACACCUAUGAGGGCCUGAACAUUGACCAGACGGCCACCUACGAGGAUAUAGUGACUCUGCGGACAGGAGAAGUGAAGUGGUCAGUGGGUGAGCACCCUGGCCAGGAGUGAGGGCCUGGCCCUCCCCAAACUCCUGGGCACAGCCUCCUGGGCCCACCGUUGACUUCCUCAGACCUGUCUGGCUUCCAGCCGUCCCAUUCCCUGGACCCCCCCCAUCAGCCUCCAAAGCUGGCCUGCCAGAGCUGCCUCCCACUCCAACCCCUGAUCCUCAACUGUCCCGGAAGGGCCUGGACUGGAAGGACCACAGGGCAGUGAUUUGGAGCAGAUGCUCUCAGCAUAGACUGCCAGAUUUCUGGGGGUGCUAUGUGGGUUCCACCCUCACGUUUGGGAUGGGGAAGGCAGAGACUUGUCUGGAACCUGCAAAUGAACUCAGAGCAGGCCAGCUCCCUGAGGAGCCUGGCAAGGGCCAUGACCCCCAACUCGGCCCCAGAUGGGCCACUGAGCGCUAAGUCCUUGUCUCCCACCCCCUCCCACCUAGGGGAUCCUAGGUCUUGCUCGAGCCCAUUCUCCCAUGGAAUAAACAGUGUGUCUUGAGAAACCACAUGCAGAGUUGUGACAUCUUAUGGCUAUGAGGUGGAGGGGAGUGUGUGAAUGUGAGAACCACGGGCCCGAAGGGAUGAGGGAGAGGGUGACU